AUGGCUGAAUUGAAACAGAAACUUAAGAAUCUCUUAGACACCAAGACUGCUGUGAAAGUACCGCUCAUAGGAUCACAAAGAUUUUCAGAUAUUUCUAGCAAAAAAAGUGACUCACUUUUAUUAAAAGCUGUUAAUAAUGAAAAAUUUGUUGAAAAAUGUGAUGCUGAACUUAUAUCAAAUAUAGAUCAAUUGCUACAAUUGAUUCUUGAAAAUCAAGCUGCAUGUGAUGAUGAAUUAGACAAAAUUGGAAUGUUACAAAAUAAUUUAAAAUCUAGUUUAGAAAAUUGUGAAUAUGCUAAGAAUUGCUUAAAACUAGCUAAAAGACAAAUCACUACAGCUGGUUUGGGUCUUUUGGGCAAUUGCAGAAAAAAAUCUUUAAUCCUCGAUUUAUUAAAUUCUUUAAAUAGUAUCAAAAUGCUGUUACAAACUGAAAAAAAACUUGAAGAAUUAGUGUCUCAAGCUAACUACGCUAAAGGAAUAGCAUUACUUUUAGAAUGUACUCAAGGUGCUUCCCCUUUUAAACAAUUUACUUGCAUUGCUGCAUUAUCUGUUAAACUCCAAGAUGCAUUAAUUAUGACAGAAGAGCAAUUAGACAUUGUUUUGUCAAAUAUGUGUUUCAAUUUUGAUAAUGAAAAGUAUUCAGCUGUUCAAGAAGCUUAUAGACGCUUGGGUAAAACAAGAAUUGCUAUUGACCAAUUGCAUAUGCAUUAUACAUCAGCAGUCCACAGUACUUCGUUUGAUACAAUCAAUUUAUUUGUUAAUACAGAUAAGGUGGAAAACAAUAAAAACUCCUUUGCCCUUUUGUGCCAGUGUGUUCCUGAUGAACAAUUAAUUCCAUGUCUUAUUGCAUUGAGUAAAAUAUUCUGGAACAUAUUACAAAGCUAUAAGAAAGCGGCAGAUUGGCAUAGAGAAUUUAAAGAUAUUAGUACAGAUAGUGAAGAUGAUAUUGAAGAAUAUGUAAAUCAAGAAUAUAUAAGUAAAAAAUUUGAAAUAGGUCCAACAAGGUUGUGGGGUGACAUCAUUACCAAGAUAUCUAAUUUAGUAUUCAAUUCAAAUAUGACAAAAUUCAAAUUUGACGACUUUCUUCAAGUGCUGUCCAUACUAAACAAGCAUAUUAAAAUUGGUGAAGAAUUUUGUAAUAGUAAAUCGGAACAAUUACAAAAUGAUACUAAAAAGUCUUGUAUCAGUUAUUUUCAUACCUAUCAUAAAAAUUGUCUGGAUGAGCUUACAAUAUUUUUUGAAAACGAAAGUUGGACUCCUUGUCCAGUGAAACGUGAAUUUAAUUUAUUUCAACUGCAGGAAUAUAGAACAAUUAAAAAUCAUAUUCAAAAAACUGAUUCUUCUCGUCUAACUCAUAGUAGAAAUUCAUCUAUGGACAGUAGCUCUAUUAGUACAAGCGAAUAUUUUCAUUUCACGUCAGAUAAAUCACCGUUUGAUAAUGAUUUAAAUACUACCUACUGUGAAGAUAUAUUAGAUACAGAAAUGGAUGGAAAUAGUGUUUGUAGUGAUGAUACUAAUAACAGUUAUGAAGACACAGACAAUGAUAAUAUAACAACAGAUAAUUAUGAAAGGCCACCUUUGCUUACAAAUACAACACUGACAGUAAUGAGACAUUGUGGAAAAUACUUAAAAAUAUGUAACAUAUUAAAAUCAAUAUCAGAAGAUGUAGUCACUUGCUUAUGUCAGCUGUUUGAAUAUUAUCUGUACUCAGUCCAUUUGCUAUUCACAUCAGACAUACUGCCUCAGAUAUGUAGUGGUGUAAAUAGUGUAAAACUUCAAUCAGUAAUAACUAGGAUAUGCAACACUUUGAUUCAAUGUAAUCAUGAAAAUGAAACAAAUCAAGAUCCAUUUAUUCGAGAACCAGUAACACUUCAUAUGUUAAGUCUGUCAGAUGCAAACAAUUUAUAUAGCAUUUCUGAACGAAUUGUGGCUGUAGAAUCAUUAGUGUUUUUAGGAGAACAGUACAAGCUAUUACAUUCUUAUUUGAAUACAUUAUUAACAUCAGAUACGAGCAGUUAUUCAUUACAACAAUUUUUUAAUCAAACUGUAGCAGUAGCUGUAGAUUUACGAAAACCAGUAUAUGGCCGUGUGAUUUGUAAAUCUAUUGACUAUAAUCAAGUACUUGGCAUGAUGACCAAAGUCAAUUGGGAGGUAAAAGAUAUUAUGUGUGAACAUAGCGGAUAUGUUGAUUAUUUCCUACAAGAGUUACGAGCUUUUUUUAAAACUCUUAAAACCUCAACAUCAAAUAUAUAUUUAAACGAGCAGGUAUUAAAUUCUAUUUGGGAAGCUAUAGCUGUUCUAGUAUCAUCUGUUUUUAUCGAAGGAUUUUCACUAGCCAAAAAAUGUUCAAAUGCUGGCCGAGCAUUAAUGCAACUUGAUUUCACACAGUUUAUGUCACAAAUAAACUCAAUUUGCCCCAUCAAUCCAUUACCACAUAAAGAACUAGUUGAAGUGUAUAUCAAGGCUUAUUACUUACCUGAAACAUCACUGGAAACAUGGACAAGGGAUCAUCAGGAAUAUACACAUAAACAAUUAUUAGCUGUCAUAAACUGUGUGUGUCAAAACAAUAAACGGUCACGACAAAAGCUGACAAAUUUACUAGAAGAAUCUCUACAAAGAUAA